GGGCUGGUCUGGGCUGCGGCGAGUGUCGUGGUGUUGGCGUGUAACUGCCGCUAGUUUUUCUGCUUGCCUUUGAUACGGAUUAAACGCGCUGUUAAUGCAAGUGCAAGCAGCCGUGUCCAGUUCUGCCGUGCUCCUUCCUUUUUUCUGCUGACGUGUGGACUAGCGCACUGCUCUUAAACCAGCCAUUUGUUUAGUCACAAUGAGGCGAAGCUCAAGUAUUGCUGGCAGCGCUGGUCGGCAGUCUAUGAUGGCACUGCGAGUGCAGGACAGUAACAAGAUGGGUCUUCAAACACCUCAGAUGAAGGACAGAGGUACGUUUGGGAAGCUGAGCAUGAGCAAACCUACACCUGGAACUUCGGAAAGGAAAGUCAGCUUUUUUGGCAAGAGAACUAGUGGGGUUGGAGGCUCACGCAACAGUCAGUAUGGUGUGUUUGGUACAGAAAAGAUCAAGGAUCCCAGGCCACUUCAUGACAAGGCAUUCAUCCAACAAUGUAUCAAGCAGCUUUGUGAGUUUCUUGCUGAGAAUGGUUAUGCCCAUAAUGUUUCCAUGAAAUCACUACAGUCUCCAUCAGUUAAGGACUUUUUAAAAAUCUUCACUUUUAUCUAUGGAUUUCUUUGCCCUUCUUAUGAAUUGCCUGACUCCAAAUUUGAAGAGGAAGUUCCCAAAGUUUUUAAAGAGCUUGGGUACCCCUUUGCUUUGUCAAAAAGCUCCAUGUACACAGUGGGAGCACCACACACGUGGCCUCAGAUUGUGGCAGCUUUGGUGUGGUUAAUUGAUUGUGUCAAGUUGUAUGCUGCCGUGAAGGAAAAUGCGCCAUCGUUUGAUGAUGGACAGAACAGGGGAGGAGAGACAGAUGAUGGAAUUUUACAUAGUAAGGUUUUCAUGGAUUAUUGCGUGAAGUGCUAUGAGCAGUUCAUGAAAGGGGGAGAUACUUUUGAAGAAUUGGAUGCAGAAGUGCAGUCAAAAUUAAAGGAUUUAUUUAAUAUAGAUGCAUUCCAGAUAGAAAGUUUAGCAGCUGACAACAAAAGGCUUCAUGAAGAGAUUGCAAGACUAGAAAAAGAAAAGGAAAAUGAGCCGGAUCGUAGAGUAUCACUACGAAAUGUGAAAGCAUCUCUUCAAUCAGAUGUCCAGAAAUACCAGGCUUACUUAGCUAAUCUGGAAUCUCAUAUAGCCAUCCUUGAUCAAAAAAAGGAAGGUGUGAAUGAGGAAGUUGAGACAGCAGAAAUGGAAGUAGAAGCAAUGAAGCAGGAGAAUGCCCGGCUCCAGCACAUCUUUGAUAACCAAAAGUACUCAGUUGCGGACAUUGAGAGAAUAAAUCAUGAGAGAAAUGAGUUGCAGCAAACCAUUAACAAGCUGACUAAGGAAGUAGAGGCAGAAGAACAUCAGCUGUGGAAUGAAGAGCUGAAAUAUGCUAGGAGUAAAGAGGCGAUCGAAAUGCAACUGGCGGAGUACCAUAAACUGGCUCGAAAGCUGAAAUUAAUUCCAGUAAGUGCUGAGAAUUCCAAAGGCCAUGACUUUGAGAUUCAGUUUAAUCCUGAUGCAGGACCAAGUUGCCUAGUCAAAUACAGAACUCAGAUCAAGGGUCCCCUUAUGGAGAUCAUAAACCAGACUGAGGAAGAAAUUAGGAAAGCUACUCAGCAGAAAAUGGCUUUGGAAGAUACUCUGGAACAGAUGAAUGUAAUGGUAGCUGACAAGAAAAGCAGUGUGAAAACACUAAAAGAAGAAGCUGAAAAGCUGGAUGAUCUUUACCGUCAGAAGCUUAAGGAGGCAGAAGAGGAAGAGCAAAAAUGUGCAAGUGAACUGGAAUUGUUAGAGAAGCAUAAGCAAUUACUUGAGAGCGGUGUCAAUGAAGGUCUCAGUGAAGCCACAAAUGAAUUGCACGAUCUGCAGCGAAAGUAUCAAGUUGCUCUGCAAACAAAAACAGAAGAGAGAAGGAAAGCUGGUGAUAACUUGCAUCGUCUUUUGGAAGUCAUUGCUAGUCAUGUACUAUCUACAGAGAAAUAUCUUGAGGAACAGAAUGUGAAAAUUGAGAAAGACCAUAAGGAAUUCAUGUCUGAAGAUCUGUUGUCAACCUUGACAGGAAUUCUAGACAGUUAUAAAAAGAAGGCUGAAAGUCUGUAAUUACCAAAAAGGUGAAGAUGAAACUUUCUGAAGCUCUCGUAUCGUACCUUAUAAAAGGACGAGUCUUUCUUGUGUUCAGCAGCAGAACUGGUUUUAAGUGUAAAGAAAUGUUUUUAUGAAUUUCCUUUGUUAUAUGGGCACAAAUACGUUUAAAAAAUUAACCAAUAUAUUUACAUUUUCUUAGAAAAGGCUUUGCUUACACUUCCUCCUUGCUAUGUAUUAAACAUAAUUACUAACAUCUGUUAAAAGACAACUGUGGAACAACUAAAUUUUUUUUUCUUUAUAAUAAAAUAUUUUAUUUCCUGGGAACAUUAGUAAGACCAAAAGUACAGUUAACUUGUUACAGUAACAAAUCAGAGUGGACUUAAAGAUAGAACCACAAGUAACAGCACAAAUGCAGAGGGUAGUGACAACUUGAAAUACUGCUACUUAAAAAUAACUACUGGUUUUUGUAAAUGUGUAAUAUUUCUAACUGAAAAAAGUUAUGCUUUCCCUUUUAGAGUAUAGCUUGUGCAUUUCCUAAUAUACAUAUAUAGUUAGCACACACGCAUGACUGCAUAUCCAUCCCUAAGCCUUCCUUUUAGUAGCAAGACCAAAUGUGAGUGUAUUUCAGCCUCCAUCUUGUUCAGUUAUCUAUGAAACUGCCUCAAGACCCCUCUUACAUAAGAUAUUUUUUUUAACCAAAACCUCUUUGAAAAGAUCAGGAGUUACAGUCUUGUAAAUAGUCUAUAGGAAGAUAAUCAGUUUGAAAGCAAAGUUCUGUCUCUAACUACUCAUAGUCCCAGAUGAAACCUCACUGUACUACUUAAAUCUAUCUCUGGUUUACACAUUCUAGUAGGGCAGCAUGCGAAUUCUGGCAGUCCAGCUAGUCAGUUGUAGAUUUUGUUAAUGUUAGAUGCAUCAAAAUGGUCCAAAACGAGUCUGCAUUCUUAGAACAGUAGGACAGGCUCUGUUUUAUUUAUUUUUCUUCCUCAGGAAAGUAGCAGUAAAAUUAGGGCAUGGGGAACUCCAUUCCAAAUACAUUGAAGAAAAUGUAAACCAUCUCUCGAACAUGUACUUCUUUGUCAGUGCUAUGUGGAAGUAGUACCUUCCUUACUCUGUAUAUACUUUGUGUUUAAAAA